AUGUGCCAAGAAACGAAAUCACUGAAAUCUGAUUUCCCUCUGAUCUUGAUGAGUAGCUAUUUGCUGCAUACGAUGAACUGGUUUCGAGUAGAAUUAACAAGAGCUGGUUUUUGGUGUAAUGUCUAUUUUGAGAGGGCGAAGUUUCUGCUUCACCUCUCCAGUGACAUACCUUCUAAUUUCGCUUAUCUUUCCUGGAGUAAAGGAUUAAGUGGAGUAAAGCAUGAUAGAUGCAAUAGAAUCCCAUUUCAUGAAUUGCGUAAGGAGAUGGAUUUUGCGAUGAGUUUGGUUGAUGAAUUUAAGUACCCGUUGCUCUACUCCUUGUUCACAGUUAAUGAAUAA